AAAACUUCUUCAAAGAUGAUCCUAUGAAGAUACCAGACGACAGAUACGGUGAAUCUGCCGACGUCCCUUCUUAUUAUUUUCCCUGUUCAAAAUGUAUAAUAUGAUCUAAGUAUCUAAGAUUUUGUUGCCUUGCUCAUUUUCACGGUUUGCUUUGCGGAGCUCUCUCUCUUGGGCACCAAGCCUCCGCAGAACUACUUUGAUGUCGUUUUAUUCCUGCUUCACGGCUUUUCUGCGGCGAUGUCACCUAUGGGAAUCAAUGCGACCGCGAUCGCCUUCAACGUCAGCAGUGCUUGCCACGAGAACAACGCGAUACUGCUAUUCAAGAUGCCAGGCAUGUGCGCGUAUCUGAAGCAGUGCAAUGACAUGUGUCUAUUGGGCUGCAUGCCAGCGACACUUGCGAUUUUCGUUCUGCUGGCAAAGAUCGGUGUGGGCCCAUUUGUGGACUGGUGCUCCAACGGUUUUGAAGCUGGGACCACUGCUAGAACGUCGGCUACCACAACCAAGAGGGAUGAUGGUCUGAUCGUUACCACUUUUGUGUUGACAGUACUGCAGUUGUUGUUUGUUUUCCGGUUUGGUCCUCGAAACGAAGCUGCGGUUCCGUGUACAUGUUGCGUCUUUUUCGGCGGGUUGAUGCAGGACCAGCCGGUGGCCCCUGAAGACUGGAUCCGAGACAAUCCGACGUUGGACCCAGCGGUCUGGGCGCUGAACAAAGAUGGCGUAGAAAUCGAACAGUAUAUUUGCGGAAGAGCGAUGGAAAAAAUUAUGAAGGAACAACACAUGUUGUUGUUGUACUGAGCACCGUGCGCCGCCAAAAAGAAAAGAGCUGCUUGUUGCGUCUAUUGUUGAUUUGUAACUACUUAGACUUUCCGUGCUUAGCAGACGCAAGUUGUUGUGGGCAUUGGUCAUUUAAUUUGGUCGUUUAUUGAAUACGAAAGGCAUAACUUCUCUUUCUAAGAAAAUGCGCAUCUUGGAUGAGGCUGACAUGCUGUCGACCACGUACACGGAAUACGCGAAGAAUUCGUUGAAGUGGUUCUGGCGCCGGCGUGGGUGGUUAGGCUCGAGCGUGGCGGUGUCGCUGGCGGUUCCGCAGUUGCACAGGGGGGCGGACUUGUGAGACGAAAAGUUAGCAGAAAGAUGUCAGGCAUGCAAAGGUUUGAAACUUGAAUGCUGUAGAUCGGAAAAUGCUUUAAUACAGAUUAUGCUCCACGUACAUUAUGCUGAUAGGAUUGAGG